AGGCACGCCGAGGAAGCAUGCUGCUUCUGCGCGUUAGAUGAUGAGGAAGUACUGUAGUGGGAGCACAAUCAAUUGGAAGUUUCCGGCUGUCCAGAGGAUUAUUGUGCCGCGUAAAAUGCGAAAUAAACUGCUUUGUAUAUAAGAAGAGAACCGAGCGGUGGACGGUCCUGGAUGCGACUGAUCUUUGGUUAAACGGAUUAACGGAGCUUGGUUUCCACGAUGAAGGACGAUGUUUCCCUGCGUUUGGACGGGUGUCUUCUGCGCUUCAUGGACCAGCUGGAGUCGCUUGAAGAGAAAAGGCAGAGGUUCAACUCACUCAUAGAGCAGGGCUGGUUCUCCAUCUCUAAGGCGAGGUACGCCAUGGGAAACAAGCAGGUCUCCGCCCUGCAGUAUGGCAGCGAGAUACAGCCGCAGGUGCGCGUGUGUGUCAGGGAGCUAACAGGCGGCGUGACUGAGUUUCAAGCCGAAAGGGAGGAGACCCAGGGCUCUGAAGAUCCAAAGACUAAGGAUGAUGUUGAGGACUGUGGACCGAUGGAAGGAGGUCUGAGGAGAAGAACGACGGCAAAGACUAAAAACCCUCAGGAGGAACCGGUCCCAGUAAAAGAGUGCGUGUCCAAAGAUGAUGUGAGACUGGAGAGCAAAGGACUGCAGAGGCAUCAGGACCCACUAAAGUGGUUUGGAAUCCUGGUCCCACAAAGCCUGAAGCAGGCGCAGGUGGCCUUCAGGCAAGUGAUCGAGCUGUCGGCAGAGAUCGCGGCUCUGCAGGGCGCAGUGAUCUCCACCAGAGAGGAACUCCACAACCUGUUGGAGGAGAAGAGAAGACAGUCCCACUGAGGAUGACCCCACACAGGGAAAUGGCCCAGUCUGCCCAUCACAGGAGGCUGAGAUGUUCAACAGGGCGAGCAAGAUCCUCACAUUGAUCAGCAGUGUCCUGCAAAGAACCCUGGAAUCUUAUUUCUAUAAAGGAAAACGGCUGGAUCCUGUGGGUUACUGGAGAACAAGCAAACCUGUAACAGGUCCUUGUAGCAUGAAAGUGUGUAAAUUAUGUAAUCUAUACAAAUGGCUGACGUAGCAUUAACCAAUAAAUGUAUAUGAAAAAUGAA